AUUGUGUAAUAAUUUUAAUUUGUACAUGAUUUAAAAUUUAACUGUUAAAUACUAAUAAAAAGCGUUUUAGUAGCAUAUUCCAUUUUCAUUAUUUUAUGUCCUAAUGUUUCAUUGAUUUUUAUAUGCAAAUACAUGCAUUUUUGUAUUUAUUUCCACACUGGUGCCCAAAGCCUGCCUUCUUUUGCAAAUAGAUUUACCAACUAAUGAUUAACAAAAUUCCACAGAACAGCUUGAAACUCUAAAUCUGCGUGUGACUACACACAUACUUAACUUCUUCUAUUGUAAAAGCUACCUUCUUGUCACCAAAAAUGUGCUUGAUGUAUGUUUUUGGAGCACUAGCCAUAACAAGUGGAGUUUUUAGCCAAGACGCAACAACCUUACUGCCAGAGACUCGAGACCUGUUUGUAGCAGUGGGUUCAUCUGUGAAGAUACCAUGCUCUGACGGAGAAAAAAAAGGGGUGGAGUGGAGAUUCAACAGUUCGGUGCUUGUCUCGAGUCCUGUUCUCUCCAUAGAGAACAGCAGCUUGAAGGACCAAGGCAUCUACACCUGCCACCAACCGAAUGGUGAUCUGAUACAAACAGUAUCUCUGCACCUGGGAUAUGCCCCUUCUCUUCCGGAUGUGUAUUGUUGGUCUCCAAGUUACCCUAAAAGAGCAAUAUGCUCUUGGACACUGACUCCAGAACCAAUACUUCCAACACAUUAUUUUGCUACAUACAGCUCUUUAGACCCACUGUCAAGUCCCCGUCCAUGCCAGAAAUGGGGAGAAAGAGACAGGCAUUGUGUGUUAGAGGAACUGGAGAUCUUUGCAAGUGAACCAACUCUCUUCAACAUUACAGCUGUUAAUGCUCUGGGUAGCGCGACAAGCAUAUGGCCAAUUAUUUUUGAGCAGAUAGUGAAACCCGAUCCUCCGGUGAAUGUGAGCGUGAUGGUAAUGCCAGGCAGGAAGCUGUCUGUUCAGUGGGGUCCACCACCCACUUGGCCGGAUCCCGUCAACUUUCUCCUUAAAUACACGGUGAAAUUCCACUGGGGCAAACCUGAGACAGCUAGAACUCUGGGCCCUUAUGAGUCUAAUAAAAUGGUUUUGCGUGGUCUGGUGACGGGAAGGACUUACUACAUCCAAAUAUCUGCAAAGGACUCUCUGGAUGACGGACAGAGCAGCGAUUGGAGUGAACCAAUAAGUGCCACUGUACCUAUCAACUGAUGUGGUGAAUCAUUACAUUACGCUGCAUUUACCAAAUACGUCAGAAUUAAGUCACUAAAGGUAUCAUUUUGUUUAUAAAGGCAAUGACAACCAAUAUGCGAGCUCAGUGUGCAGAAUCUUGUUAAUUAAAAAUAAUAAUAAACACUCA